AUGAACUCGCGCAGUCCCAAGAUCUUCUUGUCACCCUCCGUGAGAGUCUGCUCGGAUGUUGGUGGGAACAGAGGCGGAGGCAUUGUCGCCUCGGAGUUCAUAAAGGCGGGAAAGCUGCUGUGCAGACAGCAGAGACCGCUGGUCUGGUCCAGCCGCAUUGCACCCGAGUGCCCUGCAGCCCUUGCCCCUGAGGAAGAUCCGUCUGAACGCUCAUCAGGGGGGCCCCCUGGAGAAGCAGGCGCCUGUUCAGUAACUUCCUGCGAUUGGUGCCUCACUCCUUACGACCACAACCACAAAGUGUAUGCAGGGCACGAUGGACGGAGUGGGACCGCAGCGAAGCGUUGUGGCGCAUGCAAAGCGGUCUGCUACUGCAGCCUCGAAUGCCAACGCGCCGCCUGGCCCCUGCACAAGUUGGAGUGCAGGAUUUUCAGCCAUAUUCGGAAAGCCUCGGCAGGCAGAGGCCCCAGUCUGACUCAGCGGCUGCUGCUGCGACUCCUGCUCGAAGGCCAUUCAGCAGAAGAGUUUGCGGGCAGCCAUGGAGCAGCGGCGCAUCCCGAGAAACUAGCGGCAGAAGUGGACUCUUUAGAUUCAGUCGAACUUAAAAAGCAAUGCGCGUGCAGUGCGCCGCCAAACAGCAGCCCCUCUACUGCCCUCUCCUCGUAUUUGGAAUCGUGUGCAGCCUCUGCUGCCCUUCUUGAGCAGCUGCUGCCCCCCGAUCUUUCCGAGACUCUAAAAGGGCCUUUUGCAGGAGGAAGAUGUUUGCAGUCAGGGCCUGAUGGGGUUCCCGCGGCGCCAGAGAUUGCAGCACUGCUGCACCGCCUCUCAGCGAAUGUGCACUCCAUCACAAGGAGCGACAUCUCUGGGGGGUCGGCAGACCCCUCCGCGGGGUCCUGCCUGUGCUGCGACAGCGGGAGGGAAGUGGCAGUAGGACUGUAUGGGCAGCCUGUAUGCAAAUUCAAUCACUCCUGCCAGCCGAACGCGCUUGUGGUAUUUGGAGGCCGAGGGGGGCCCCUAGAGGUCUCUGUUAUAGCGUUGCGAUCUAUUGCGGCUGGCGAGGAGAUCUGCAUUUCGUACAUCUCUCCAGCCGACACCAGAGAAAGCAGGCGGCUGAAGUUGCAGCUCGCCUACGCCUUCCACUGCACGUGUGUUCUUUGCUGCUCCUGCGCCGUCAGCGGCAGCCAUACAAGCGCUAGCAGCAAAGGCGUGAGUGCCACAGACGGACUCCCGGCCCUUUCCUUUUCCCCAGCGGAGGCUUUUGAUUUGCAGCUUGAGGGAGUCUUUUGCUCGAGUGCUGCAUGCAUUGAACGGCGGCAGGCGGCAGAGGGGGAUGUUUUGCAGCACCUGGAGAGCUGCCGACAGCGGCUGCUCGGGGGAUCCCCUUUAAAGGAGACACCCUCGAGGGGCCCUCUGGCCUCCCCGCACGGAGUUGUACGAGGGGCCCUCAAGAAUGUCGAUGGCAAGGGCAUUGAGAGCUCAGAGGGCGUAUGGCGUCUUGAUGAGGCAAUGCGCAGCUCGCGCAUGCGCUUGCCGGUGCUCUGCGUGCCGCAGCCUUCGGGCCCGGCGUGGGAGACGAUACGGCUUUGCAUGAAUGACGAUUCAGAUUUGGCCCCUUCACUGUAUCCGGAAAAUCCUUUACUUGGCGGAAAGGCUCCCAGAAAGCGAAUCUCUAUCGCGGCGGCCUCUUCUUCCUCCUCCGACACGGUUUCCUUUCGUCUCCUUCCCCACGACCUAGGAGGUUCAGGGGGGAAAGGCGGUAAGUUCGGGAGCUCCCCACAGAUUCGCUGCUGUGUGUGCGGGGCAGCGUACAAGUCUGAAGAUCUAAGGGGCCUCCUGCGUCACACUGAAGCGUUGCGCAGCAGCGCACACCGGCUGGCGUGGCUCUGCAGCAAUGGGCGCAGCGAGGAGGUUCAAAAGGAAAGCAGAGCUGCACUGCUGCACUUUGCCACUGUUCGAAAAUAUCUCCACCCUGGAAAUCUGGUACUGCAGACUCUUACGGAGAGCCUAAGCCGCUCCUCUAGGGGCCUUGUAGACCUCUACAACGGCCUUGGUCUCGCAGUGACCCAGCGGCUGUCCGCCAACGCCGCUACACUUUUCGGGCAGAAAAGCCUUCAGCACGCAGAUAAUCUUCUUACGGAGGGUCGCAUGCUGCUCUUUCUCGCACAGGCAGAUACACAUGCGGAGGUGGAGCAGGCCUGGGGUUUGUGGUCUGCUGGCGAUAGCCCAGAGGCAGCACGCGCAGCGGCAGCGAUAGGACACAGUGGCAAUGUGAUAUACUCCGCGGAAUGGGAAGCGGAGACAAGGUCCAAGUUGGUGUGUCAGGCGCGAGAGUGCUUUCUACAAGCCUGCAGCGUCUUCUUUUCUUUGGAGGACUGCAACAUCGAGCGGGCGAAAGGAAGGCGAGCAGAGGAGGGUGUGGCGGACUGUGACCGCGAACUACAUGCACUGGGCAGGCCGGUGUAG